AUGGUCGGUAUACCUCUCAUGUCAGGUGUAUGGAACAUGUCCGGUAUGAAUCUUGAUACCGAUACAUCCCCUCUAGGCCCAAAGGCCUGGGCGCUGCAAAUACAGAAAAAUGAAGCGGAAAAGAUAAUUCGAGAAGCGAAAGAACGUGCAGAGGCCAGGGUCAAGGCGCGCCAACUACGACUCAAGGUCACCGAGGAUCACGAUCGACAAAUAGAUCGGCAUCUAUUUGCUGAAGGGCCUGACCCUAUUCCAAUAGACAUCUUCGGAGGAAAGACUUUGUUCCAGUGGCAAGAUAUGACUGGCGAUCAGAACUAUAUCCUGCAGCAGCUGAGUACACUCAUCGCAAAAAGCUGGGACCAACAAAAGCUGGACGAGGUUGAACAAUUGAUUUGUAACAUGGACUGGAUAAGGGCGCCGUAUUCAGGUCAUCCGGUGGAUACCGAGGCACUUAGCCAUCUACGCCAGGACAUAGUCCUCGAGAGUCUUCGGAUUGGAAGCAUGAAUCAAGAUGGAAAUAAUGUCGAGACGAAACAGAGUCCCCUUCCAGAUGGCACCAACCUGGAAUCUGCAUCUCUGCGGGUCUCGUGGAUACUUCAUAGAGCUUGGAUACGAGCUCUACAUUACCGCAGUCUUCAUGCUGGACCGCACAAUUAUGGUGGACAGCAAAUAAAGCAUAUCCUUGCACUAUCUCUGUUCUUUCUCGAAGGCGAAGCCAGGAAAAUCGAGGCUGGCUUGGAUGAACUUAAAUCCCCUCCGGAGUUCGAAGCAUUGAAUAGUUGUGCCACGACCCUCACUACAGCUUUAAUUGGUGUUGCAAGAGAUGUAGUAACGGAGUCACGUCCAACACCAAGUGAUCGUGGUUUUACUCUUGAGGAGACAUUUGCAUAUAACACAGACCCGAGACGUUUUUCUCUCAUUUACUCAAGGCACUUUGAUAACGUCAACAGACUCUGGCAGCUCUGGGCCUACCUCCUUGCCGUUUCAGAUGAUUUUGACAGAAGGAUGGAUUACGAACAUGUCGAAGACACAUUGAUCUCAAAGCGCGUCGUUGUUGCGGAUGAAUCUUGGGAAGUUGCCCAGGCACUCAAAGGGGGGAAGCAACUGUAUUAUAUUUUUGACACUGCACCCGCGGCACAAGAUUAUUUUCUCGAACCCAUUAAAACAUUUUACGAACAGAUAGAUACGUUGGUGCAGCUCGAGAAAAGUGACCCAGAGUGCAAAUAUCAACACCCAAGUCCCUCGAGCAGAGCCAAUGUUUGGGCAGGGCUCUUCCCUAUCCACCCAGUGGCAAGCACUCAUCCUGAAAGCUACAGCCUAGUCAACUGCAAUUACGAGGGCGGCUGUGCAAUCUGCCAGGAAGCGUUCGCACCCGCCUACGUCAUCGUGAAACUGCACUGCAACCACCUCUUCCACUACACGUGUGUCCGCCAGAUGUGGGACCUAUCGGGCAUUAACACGUUUUCCUGUCCGUUAUGCCGCUCCAACAGCGUCCGAUGGGCUCUGCACGAGCAAGUGGGCAUUCUGCCCGAGGUCUUGGACGUAUGGGACCACGAGGCGACUGUGGGGGUUGACCUCGCGCGUGCCCAUCCGGACUUUGAGGAUGAGGAGUCCCUCUAUUGGGUGCGUGAAAAUGAGAAGCUAUCCAGGAGCGAGACCUGGAACGAGAAGGAAGGUGACCGCCCUAGGGAUGUUGAUAUUGAGAUGGCGAAUGUACGACAGGCCAGGAGGCGCAGGAAUAAAAGACUGAGGCAGAAUGCUAGCUUGUCAGAUACUGUGGAGGGACUGGAUCCGAUUAGCUAGCUUUAGUAGCUUGGAGUUGUCCUUGACUUGAUUUUGUUCUCUAGGGGUAAGGAGUAUGUUGAGUUUCUUGAUGGUGUUUUGAAGGCAGCU